ACUGUAUCAUGCUUUUCAGAACUCACAUGUGGAAUAACCAGAAAAUGUUGAACAUAUUAUAUUUCCUGCUGAUGCUCGGAGUUGGAUGAUGCAUAGACGAGCUGAGCUUUGAAACAAAGACUGUUCGUAUCGGAGAUCAUUUUAACCUGACGUGUAUCAGGAGGUUAUCGGGAACCUUGUUGUGGAUCAGGGUUGUUUCUGGAAUGUUUCCUGAAGUUUUAGUGAAAACAAAUGGCUUUGUGACUCUUGAUCCUCGUAUUACAGCAAGAAAAGAGCCGGGAACAUUUGUUCUGCAUAUCACAGAAGCAAAGCAAAGCGAUACAGCAGUUUACUAUUGUAUGAAAAUACACUUACAAAACUUGACAUUUUUAAAAGGAACAGACCUGAGAGUUCAAGGAACUGGUGAUAUGGCUUCAGUUCCUACAUCUGCUGCUCAUCCUGAACACUCUGUGUAUCUGCAGUGCUCAGUCCUCUCUGACACUGUGAACAAGAAAUGUCCCGAAGAAAAGUGUAUGAGCUGUUUCAAAGAUGGAUCACGUAGUUUUAAUUAUACUCGAGGGGACGGUGUUGAUGAAUAUGAAGAGAAUCCUGAGAAACCCUCAACAGUGAAAUGCAGCUUCUUGAACAACAUCAGCUCCUCUGAUGCUGGGACUUAUUUCUGUGCUUUGGCCACAUGUGGAGCGAGAGCUUCUGGAAACGGAUCAAAACUCAACACUGAAGCAGUUAAAACUUGGAAUUUGCAGAAGGACAAGGUCGUUAUUUUCCUGUUAUUUGCUGCUUUGGCUAUUUGCCUGGUUAUUAUAGCCAUUCUCAUUUUUUCAAUCAGGAAUAACAGCAAAAGUCUGACGCUUCAGUUGCUUUGCAAACAAAUGCAACAGCCACUGGAUAUCUGGAAGGUCAGCAGACAGACGAGGACUCAUUGGUUUAUUCUACAGUAACCGUCAAAGCCGAGGCAAGGGAUCCAAAAACAGCAGAAGAACAGAGCAUCUACUCUGAAGUCAGAUUCCUUGGGUUGGAUUAAUUAUCUAAACACUGCAUUUGCCAGUUGAUGCUCAUGUUGUGUGAAAACACACACCUAAUUUCACCCUUACGUUAAAAGAGAGUGAAUCAUGAUACAAGGUAACUGGUGUUUAUCGAAGCUGUAGGAAUCAAAUAACUGUAAACAUUCAACUAACUAACUAAUUAACUUCAUGAUAGAGUUUUCAUCAAAGUUGUGAUCUCUGUCUUUUUGUACAUGUACAGUAUUGCUUAUGAUAAUUUACAGUAUAUUUAUAUGUAUUUUUUAUUCUGUCAACUUCUUCUAUGCCUCACAUCUAUGAGUAAUGCAGUGACAGGAAGUGGUGGGUGUGUAGAUGUGUUGCUUCCUUCUUAAUAGACGAGGCAUAAAUGACCAAAGCACAACUAUUAAAAUAACAACUCAGAAAGUAA